AAACAUCUAUAAGAUGAACUUCAACUUUGUUCAACCUAUUUUCAAUAAAUAAAGUGUCUUUGAGCCAGCGAUGAAAUCUAACGUUAAUAGAUUUUGUAAAUUUUCAAAUAACGAAAGUCCUUCACAAGUGUGUAACAAACAACAAUAAUUAAGAUUCAAAUUUUUGUGCAAAGAUAAGUUGUGCGUGUCUCUAAUACUUUUCUGUUGUUGUUGUUUCCAGUACCUCUUAGUGACAGUGCAACAUCAAAGUAUUGCUCAACAAUAAAGAGUUAAAUCUGAUAAUUGAACUAAAAAUCAAGACUUGCGCAUAUGUUUGUUUUCUCCUUUCACUCAUAGUCAUUUUAGUGAAAUGUCAAUAUUCCAUUUAGAUUUAAAUUUCCCGCGCUUUUUUACUGUUCUGUGCCAUCGUCACUGAACAUUUUAUAUUCCUUGUUUUGUAUUAUUUUCUUAAAAAGUGUCAGUUAAAGUUGGACAGAAACUGUUAAAAGUUGAAAAAAGUUAAAUAUCAAAACUGUUACAGUUGGACAAAAAAAAAAGUAAAAAUAUGUUGUGUCCAACGGUGAAAACAUGUUGCUAUUGUAUUAAUCUAAAAGUAGCUGGUAUUGCACUGGGUCUAUUAGAUAUUUUUUUUCGUUCGGUACAUCUUUACAUUGUGAUGCUUGAAAUUAUUCAAAAGAAUCAAUCGAUAAGGAGUGAAAUCCAUCAAAAUGAAGAAGGAAUUAUUUUACGGGGAUUUACAAUUGUGGCACAUUUCAUCUGCAUACCGAUCAGCAUACUAUGGUUAAUUGGAAUCUUCAUGAAAAAGCCGGGGUUAAUGUUAUCGUUUGUCAUUACAUCGUUCAUAACAUUAUUGGUAUUGGCGGUGUCACUGUCUGUUUUUUGGUUUGUUGCACUUCAAUAUCGAAGACGGACUUUAGUUUUGUUUGUCAUUUGCUUUUGUUUAUCAGCAAUUUGUUUUCAUCUCUGGAUCGUUGAGUUUUCCUUGUAUCAAUCCACCAAGAAUCUAAAUGCUGUGAGAAAUGACCGACAAAAUGAGUGCGAACUACAAGAUUGGCACAGAAAUGACGAUUUUUGACCAUUUUCACGAUAAAAAUUCAGCAUUUUUUUUUAAUUGUAGUGAUCAUUUAUGUAUUAUUCAAAAUAAAUAUAUGCGAAGAUGGCAAC